AUGAGACAUAGUGGAAUUAUUAUUAGUAACACUUGUAUUACUACUACUAAUACUACUACUACUACUACUACUACUACUACUACUACUACUACUACUACUACUACUACUACUACUACUACUACUACUACUACUACUACUACUACUACUACUACUACUACUACUACUACUACUACUACUACUACUACUACUACUACUACUACUACUACUACUACUACUACUACUACUACUACUACUACUACUACUACUACUACUACUACUACUACUACUACUACUACUACUACUACUACUACUACUACUACUACUACUACUACUACUACUACUACUACUACUACUACUACUACUACUACUACUACUACUACUACUACUACUACUACUACUACUACUACUACUACUACUACUACUACUACUACUACUACUACUACUACUACUACUACUACUACUACUACUACUACUACUACUACUACUACUACUACUACUACUACUACUACUACUACUACUACUACUACUACUACUACUACUACUACUACUACUACUACUACUACUACUACUACUACUACUACUACUACUACUACUACUACUACUACUACUACUACUACUACUACUACUACUACUACUACUACUACUACUACUACUACUACUACUACUACUACUACUACUACUACUACUACUACUACUACUACUACUACUACUACUACUACUACUACUACUACUACUACUACUACUACUACUACUACUACUACUACUACUACUACUACUACUACUACUACUACUACUACUACUACUACUACUACUACUACUACUACUACUACUACUACUACUACUACUACUACUACUACUACUACUACUACUACUACUACUACUACUACUACUACUACUACUACUACUACUACUACUACUACUACUACUACUACUACUACUACUACUACUACUACUACUACUACUACUACUACUACUACUACUACUACUACUACUACUACUACUACUACUACUACUACUACUACUACUACUACUACUACUACUACUACUACUACUACUACUACUACUACUACUACUACUACUACUACUACUACUACUACUACUACUACUACUACUACUACUACUACUACUACUACUACUACUACUACUACUACUACUACUACUACUACUACUACUACUACUACUACUACUACUACUACUACUACUACUACUACUACUACUACUACUACUACUACUACUACUACUACUACUACUACUACUACUACUACUACUACUACUACUACUACUACUACUACUACUACUACUACUACUACUACUACUACUACUACUACUACUACUACUACUACUACUACUACUACUACUACUACUACUACUACUACUACUACUACUACUACUACUACUACUACUACUACUACUACUACUACUACUACUACUACUACUACUACUACUACUACUACUACUACUACUACUACUACUACUACUACUACUACUACUACUACUACUACUACUACUACUACUACUACUACUACUACUACUACUACUACUACUACUACUACUACUACUACUACUACUACUACUACUACUACUACUACUACUACUACUACUACUACUACUACUACUACUACUACUACUACUACUACUACUACUACUACUACUACUACUACUACUACUACUACUACUACUACUACUACUACUACUACUACUACUACUACUACUACUACUACUACUACUACUACUACUACUACUACUACUACUACUACUACUACUACUACUACUACUACUACUACUACUACUACUACUACUACUACUACUACUACUACUACUACUACUACUACUACUACUACUACUACUACUACUACUACUACUACUACUACUACUACUACUACUACUACUACUACUACUACUACUACUACUACUACUACUACUACUACUACUACUACUACUACUACUACUACUACUACUACUACUACUACUACUACUACUACUACUACUACUACUACUACUACUACUACUACUACUACUACUACUACUACUACUACUACUACUACUACUACUACUACUACUACUACUACUACUACUACUACUACUACUACUACUACUACUACUACUACUACUACUACUACUACUACUACUACUACUACUACUACUACUACUACUACUACUACUACUACUACUACUACUACUACUACUACUACUACUACUACUACUACUACUACUACUACUACUACUACUACUACUACUACUACUACUACUACUACUACUACUACUACUACUACUACUACUACUACUACUACUACUACUACUACUACUACUACUACUACUACUACUACUACUACUACUACUACUACUACUACUACUACUACUACUACUACUACUACUACUACUACUACUACUACUACUACUACUACUACUACUACUACUACUACUACUACUACUACUACUACUACUACUACUACUACUACUACUACUACUACUACUACUACUACUACUACUACUACUACUACUACUACUACUACUACUACUACUACUACUACUACUACUACUACUACUACUACUACUACUACUACUACUACUACUACUACUACUACUACUACUACUACUACUACUACUACUACUACUACUACUACUACUACUACUACUACUACUACUACUACUACUACUACUACUACUACUACUACUACUACUACUACUACUACUACUACUACUACUACUACUACUACUACUACUACUACUACUACUACUACUACUACUACUACUACUACUACUACUACUACUACUACUACUACUACUACUACUACUACUACUACUACUACUACUACUACUACUACUACUACUACUACUACUACUACUACUACUACUACUACUACUACUACUACUACUACUACUACUACUACUACUACUACUACUACUACUACUACUACUACUACUACUACUACUACUACUACUACUACUACUACUACUACUACUACUACUACUACUACUACUACUACUACUACUACUACUACUACUACUACUACUACUACUACUACUACUACUACUACUACUACUACUACUACUACUACUACUACUACUACUACUACUACUACUACUACUACUACUACUACUACUACUACUACUACUACUACUACUACUACUACUACUACUACUACUACUACUACUACUACUACUACUACUACUACUACUACUACUACUACUACUACUACUACUACUACUACUACUACUACUACUACUACUACUACUACUACUACUACUACUACUACUACUACUACUACUACUACUACUACUACUACUACUACUACUACUACUACUACUACUACUACUACUACUACUACUACUACUACUACUACUACUACUACUACUACUACUACUACUACUACUACUACUACUACUACUACUACUACUACUACUACUACUACUACUACUACUACUACUACUACUACUACUACUACUACUACUACUACUACUACUACUACUACUACUACUACUACUACUACUACUACUACUACUACUACUACUACUACUACUACUACUACUACUACUACUACUACUACUACUACUACUACUACUACUACUACUACUACUACUACUACUACUACUACUACUACUACUACUACUACUACUACUACUACUACUACUACUACUACUACUACUACUACUACUACUACUACUACUACUACUACUACUACUACUACUACUACUACUACUACUACUACUACUACUACUACUACUACUACUACUACUACUACUACUACUACUACUACUACUACUACUACUACUACUACUACUACUACUACUACUACUACUACUACUACUACUACUACUACUACUACUACUACUACUACUACUACUACUACUACUACUACUACUACUACUACUACUACUACUACUACUACUACUACUACUACUACUACUACUACUACUACUACUACUACUACUACUACUACUACUACUACUACUACUACUACUACUACUACUACUACUACUACUACUACUACUACUACUACUACUACUACUACUACUACUACUACUACUACUACUACUACUACUACUACUACUACUACUACUACUACUACUACUACUACUACUACUACUACUACUACUACUACUACUACUACUACUACUACUACUACUACUACUACUACUACUACUACUACUACUACUACUACUACUACUACUACUACUACUACUACUACUACUACUACUACUACUACUACUACUACUACUACUACUACUACUACUACUACUACUACUACUACUACUACUACUACUACUACUACUACUACUACUACUACUACUACUACUACUACUACUACUACUACUACUACUACUACUACUACUACUACUACUACUACUACUACUACUACUACUACUACUACUACUACUACUACUACUACUACUACUACUACUACUACUACUACUACUACUACUACUACUACUACUACUACUACUACUACUACUACUACUACUACUACUACUACUACUACUACUACUACUACUACUACUACUACUACUACUACUACUACUACUACUACUACUACUACUACUACUACUACUACUACUACUACUACUACUACUACUACUACUACUACUACUACUACUACUACUACUACUACUACUACUACUACUACUACUACUACUACUACUACUACUACUACUACUACUACUACUACUACUACUACUACUACUACUACUACUACUACUACUACUACUACUACUACUACUACUACUACUACUACUACUACUACUACUACUACUACUACUACUACUACUACUACUACUACUACUACUACUACUACUACUACUACUACUACUACUACUACUACUACUACUACUACCACUACUAUACUACUACUACUACUACCACUACUACUACUACUACUACUAAUAUUUUUCUUUCGAUUUCUUAUGAAUUUUCGUGGGUAA